AUGGAGGUUCGCCUUGAAGCCCACCGCAAAACCCAAGCAGCACUGGAGGAGCAGCAGCAGCACAAACUGGCCCAGCGUGCUGCUUUAUCUUUGGUCUCUGCUGUGAAGGAGGAAGAGGAGGCGAUGGCAGCUCGAACUGCAGCACGCAAACAGCUGAUGCAAUCGUUGCGGCAUGAGGCUCUGCAAGCCCAGCCGACCCCAUUGACGGCGACAGAGCAGCAGCUGCUGCAGCAGCUGCCGCAGCAGCUGCAGCAGCAGCAGCAGCUGCUGCAGCAGCUGCUGCAGCGAGUUGAGGAGACAGCAGGAGCUGUAAGCGAAGCAGAAGAAACCCUAGAGGUUUCCUUGAGGCGAGCUAUAGACCGCGUAAGCACCACCAAACCCUAA